AUGCCCGAAAUAGGUUCAUGUACUGAUAUAACAUGUGAUGGUGAAAUAAAAGAAUUAUAUGAAUGUCAUUGUUGUUCACGUCUUAUUUGUUUAAAUCAUUUAAUUGAACAUAUUGAAAUAACAAAACAAAAUAAAGGACGAUUAGGUAGUCUUCGUAAUGAAUUAAAUACAAUUGUAAAUACAUUAAAAUUAAUUGUUGAAGAAAAAUUCUUGAUUAUUGGACGUGAACAACAUUUAAUUGAACAAGCAAAAAAAAUUCUUGAUGUAUCCAGUAGUUCAAUUGAUGAACUAGAAAAUAUUUUCGAACAAAUUAAUCAAACAAUAGCAUCAAAUCGUUCAGAAAUUACGGUCAAAGUCGAACCAUCAUUAUCAGAAACUAAAUAUUGUUCUUGUGUUUGUAAAUGUAAUAAGGAAAGCAUGAAUUCAAAUGAUGUAGUAGAAGAAUUUAAAAUCUCAAAAGAUGAUGAAUAUUCAAUGGAUACCAAUCAUGAUUUUAUUGAUACUGGUUCAUUUGACGAAAUAACGAAAUCUAUUCAGGAUGAACAAAUAAAUGAAGAGCAAAAGAAAUAUGAACGAAAACCUUACAGAAAUAUUUCUGAUGUAUGUCCAUUAACAUUUGAUGGAGCAUAUGGUCUUACGAAAGCAAAUCAUUCUAUUAAAUUAUGUGAACAUAGAAUACAUCGUCGAAUUGGAUUAUAUGCCCAUUUUAUAUGUAAACAUCAAUUAAAAGAAGUCUAUGCUCGACGUUUAAUACAAGCUGUUGCCAAUAAUCAAGAUCCUACGAUAACAAAAUUAUUUGAUGAAAAUGAAAAUGUAAUUGAUCAUUUUUAUAAAGUUUCAUGUCCUUUUCUAAAUCGACGAAUUAAUUCAACAAGAUAUGUUGGACAAAAUGUAAUAACUGUACCAUGUCGAUGUCGAGCAAUUCCACUUAUGUCAUUAAAACGUCAUUUACUAUGCAAUCAUAAGGUUUCUAGUCGAUUGGCAAAAAGAUUAGUUGAUGGUUUCAAAGCACGUCGGAAAAAAGAGUAA